CAGAGCAUAGUUGCAAAACUCUGGUGUGUUUUCUUUGCAGGCUCCCUCCUUCUGCUCUUCUCCUCCUCAGUAUGGCGGCUGAGCACUGCAAGUCCAGUGGGAUCACAUAUCCCAUCGCUGCACCUUGAUGGAAGCUCAUGCAAGGGCCUUGCACGCUCUCUGCUCUGGAACGUGACGGCAGCGCUGACAGUUGACCAGCUGUUCAGAGGGCUGAACUGCACGGAUCAGAGCGCUGAGCAGGACCUCAGGACCCAAACAUUAGCUGUGUGCAUACCCCAGAACUCAAAGUGCUCAGACAGUGCAGACUUCACAUUCAACCAGGACAAAUGCCUCCAGAGUGUUCUGGAAGAUCUCAGGCAGUACCGGGCAACCUUUAAAGCUUACAGUGACCGAGCCCAUAUCCUGGAACAGUCAGUGCUCAGGAGCAUUGAAGACCUCAUGCAGAACUGCUUUUCUGCCACACUGACCGAUGGUUCCCAGCCUCUGGUUUCCAUGAAGCAUAAAAACACCUUCAUGGGCCGACUGAAGCUGUGCAAAGUCUUGAAGGCCUUCCAGAUUCGUGUUGUCACCAUCAACCGAGUGCUGAACUAUGUCCUGACCACAGGUCAGGGAGUUGAUGAAUGAAAUGUCAUUUGACGUAGUCAUGCUUCAGACCAAGGCAAUGAUUUUGUCAUUUUGACAAGUACAAGUACGCCUAAUUGUUCUAGGUGUCAUAAUGCAAGAACUAUUGUAAUUGUAUUUAAACCUAUUUAUUUCAUAUUUAUUGGUAAAUUAUUUGAUGUUCUAAAUGAUGCAUUGUUCCUCAAAAUGCCAAGUGCUGAGUGCUCACCAAGUGUUUUGCCUUUAAAGGAAUAAAACUCACUCAAUACAAAA